GGUUACACCAUUCCCUUAGACAAACGUCUCGCUGCAGACGGUCGAGGGCUACAACAGGUUCAUAUUAAUGAGAAUUUUGCCAAGUUGGCAGAAGCUCUUUACAUCGCGGACAGAAAAGCUCGGCAAGCUGUCGAAAUGCGAGCGCAAUUAGAAAAGAAAUUGGCUCAAAAAGAGAAAGAGAAGAAGGAAGAUCAUUUGAGGCAACUCGCGCAAAAAGCUCGAGAAGAGCGCGCUGGCUUGAAAUCUGCAGCAACGUUAGAUAAAUCUGAAGAAUCACGUGAGAGAGAUCAACUUAGACAAGAACGGCACAAGGAUCGCGCUCGCGAACGUAAUUUAGCUCGCGCUGCACCUGAUAAACGUUCUCGUUUGCAACGCGAACGCGAGCGCGACAUUAGCGAACAAAUUGCACUCGGUUUACCAGCAAAAAGCGUUCCUAAUACGGGAGAAGCGCAGUUUGAUCAACGUCUUUUUAAUACCAGCAAAGGGAUGGAUAGCGGUUACGGACAUGACGACGAGUAUAAUGUCUACGAUAAGCCGUGGAGGGAUGGCAAUUCUAUUGCUUCGCACGUUUACCGUCCUAGCAAAAAUAUUGACAAAGACACGUAUGGAGACGAUUUGGAGAAAUUGAUUAAAACAAACAGGUGA